AUGGACAAAAGGAUUAAACUUGAUAAAGUUUUUUUCAUCAAGGACUACAUGGAAGGAUCCCUCAUAGGGAAGACCAUGACGAAUAAGAGCUCUAAAAUUCGCUUCAACUUUUCCCGAGAACAUCUUAAGGUGGCGCUGUACAACAAGGAAGCUAGCAAGAACGGAAAUGAAAGCUGGCUUUCAAGGCAAGCUCUACCACAUGAUUUACAGUUGUUUGAAGUCGCCACCCCUGGAAGCCUGCGGUAUGGCGUUUUCUGUGGUCAGCUUCCUAUCAGGAAAGGAUUGCGCUUUGGGCCAUACACAGGAAGCAUUGUCUGUUUAGAGCAAAAAGGCUUUGUUCAAAGUGAGUUCUUGUGGGAGAUAUUUAUCGAGGGUCGCCUUGGCUAUUUCAUCGAUGGAGCUGCAAAUCCAAAAAACUGGAUGAAGUUCGUUGAUUGCGCUUACCAUCCAGUCGAGCAAAACCUGCAAUUAAUACAGGAAGAACACGUUUUGUAUUACGAGGCCACACAUCUUAUAACGGAGGGGGAGGAACUGAAAGUGUGGUACGGUGAAGGGUAUCGCAUGUUCAUGGGAAUACCCCUGGGAAUAAAGAUUGUCAAAUUCUUCAUUGCAGAUGAUUCAAGUUAUCCCUGUCAUGGUUGUGGCAAAGUUUUCUCUUACAAAUACUACCGCGACCGUCACCUUAAAUACACUAGCUGCGUCGAUUUCGGUGACCGGAAGUUCUCCUGCACUCUGUGUAACCGCUCCUUUGAGAAGCGCGAUCGUCUCCGCAUCCACAUACUCCACGUUCAUGAGAAACACCGUCCACACCAGUGUGCGCAAUGCGGCAAAAGAUUCUCCCAGUCUUCAAGCCUCAACAAACACGCACGAGUUCACAGCGGCGAACGGCCUUACAAGUGUCCCUAUUGUACCAAAGCCUUCACUGCCUCCUCCAUACUGCGCACGCACAUCCGUCUACACAGCGGCGAGAAGCCCUUCAAGUGCAAGCAUUGUGGGGAUGCAUUUGCGUCACAUGCAGCACAUGACAGUCACGUGCGACGAAAUCAUCAGACUGUAUAG